AGACUCUCAGAGUAACACUAGACUUAUUUAACAGAGACAUGAAUGUAAGGGCGUUUCUUCUCCUUGUUUUGGUAAAUUUUGUUGGAAGCUUUCAUAAGCGUAUUUUUUUUUCUCUAUCUAUUAGACUGUUUGAAAUAAAAGCAGAUUUAGGCCAUCCAUCCCAUGGAGUCUGAUCUGCCAUUCCAUCAUGACUGAUUUAUUAUCCCUCUCAUUCCCAUUCUCCUGCUUUCUCUCCUACCUUUGAUGCCCUGACUAAUCAAGAACCUAUGAACCUUUAGUUUAAAUAUAUCCAAUGACUUGGCUUCCACAGAUACCUAUGGCAAAGAAUUCCACAGAUUCACCAUUAUCUGGCUAAAGAAAUUCCCCCCUCAUGUCUGUUCUAAAAGGAUGCCCUUCUAUCCUGAGGCUCUGGUCCUAGACUUCCCCCUCAAAAUGCAAUAGCCUCUCCACAUCUGGGCUUUUCAAUAUUCAGUCAGUUUCAAUGAAAUCCCCCUUUAACAAUGGACUUUCCUAAUUGUUUCUUUCAGUUUCCCUAUUUCAGUUUGAAUGUUCUGGCAAAUUAAAAGUAUGUUUCUCUGUGCACUAUGCACUCUUCUUUAAGUGAUUCAAAAUCCCAAAUAUUUUAUUGGGGAGGGGGAAAUUCCCUUAAGAAAUAAAGUAAGGAUUGCCAAGGAAUAGAUGCAGCCAAGUAAACUUGUUAUCUAUGUUCUAAGAGUUGAAAUGUAUUGAGAAUACCAAUUGGGAAAGGAUUCUUAGUGCAUCGAAAAUUGAUUGUAUUUCACUUUUAUCCCCCUGCUCUCCUUUAUGCAUUUCCUUCAGGAAUGCUUUUCCUUUCUCAGGUGUCCAUUAAACGUCCACACUGAAAGGGUAGUUUUAUUGUGCUUGUCCUACACAGUGGAAUAAGAUUAUCUAGCUUUAUGUGUUGCAUGUACAUCGAAACAUAACAGUGAAAUGUGUAGUUUGGAUCAAAUCAAAUCAGCGAGGAGUGUGCUGUUGGCAGUCCACAAGCGUCGCCAGGCUUCUGGUGCUGACGUAGCAUGACUAACCCUAACCCAUAUGUCUUUUGGAAUGUGGGAGAAAACCAGAGCACCCAGUGGAAACCCACACAGUGAUGGGGAAAACAUACAAACUCACUACAGGCAGUGGCAGGGAUCGAACCCUGACUAGUGAUUCAGUGGUGUAAAGUGAUUGCCGUAACUGUUAUGCUAACGUGCCACUACGAUUCUACCCUAAUUACUAUCAUCAAAGUCCAAUAAUUCUGCGAUAGUCUUUUAAACAAGGACCUUGAGUUUUGGAAUUUGAAGGACAAUGGAAAAAUGCUGCCUUGGUGUGAAUCUUUAGAUAAGAUAGAAAAAUGCACUUAUGCGUGGUGUUUUUCUCACAAUCAUGAAGAAUAAUUUCAAAUAAAAUGCAGUUUAUUUUAAUGCAGAAUAUUACAAAUGUUCUUAGAUCACUACGGGGUUAUCGCUACAAGGUUUCUUUUUUCUUUACUAACCUAACAACUAGUUGAAAUAAUACUUAAAUAAUUUGUUACUGCCCGUUGCGCUGCUGGCCUUUAGGGGAGCAUUGAAAGUCCUCCAUUUCUGUCUGUUCUUGGCCAUAUACCAUCGCGCACAGAUAUAAAAAGAUUCUCCAUUGCUGUUUCUGUAACAAUUUUGUUUUGACCAGUCAGGGUUAUUAGCCCUGAGCUGAACCCCUGAACCUGGAAGACCAAUAGACUACUCUUAGUCAGGGUUCUACCCUUUGACCCGCCUGGCAUGGGUGGCCUACCAAGAGUCAAAGCAUAAAGCUCUAUCUCCAGUCAACAUAGCUCUCUGGGUCAUUGAAGCACACAAGCUUCCAAACCCUAUGACAAGGUUGUGGUCCGUCAUCUUGGAGGUUAAUAAUUUGAACUAAGUAUAAAUAGUUUUUCCAUGAGUAAGAAUUUUGUUAUUUCAGUGGUAUUGACCUUUACUAACUUGAACUGAAUGUAAGUAGUUUUUCCAUGAUUAAGAGUUUUGUUAUUUCAGUGGUACUGGCCUUCACUGGCUCCAUUAUGUGUUUUGUUUGUUAAUGUCUGAUUAUUGGCAUGUACAGUAUCUGCUUAAGCUGGGUGAUUUUCAGUUCUAAUAAUGAUCAGCUUUAGGGACAGUUUAUUUUAAAUAAGUAGAAAUCUUGCAUACUGAGUCUCAUUUCUCUUGUCCACAUAGCUUUUACUGAGUUUCUAGUUAAGCUGGCUCACUGCUGGAUUUUUCACUUUUACCUUCACUUUUCUUGCAGUGAGACAUUUCACUUGUAUUAGUCUCGUGUUAAUCGGAGACACAAUCAAGAAUCACCUCACAUGGGGCUUGGAAAGGAGAAGGAAACUGGGAAUAGAGAUCCAUAAUUCCCUGAAAGUGGUGUCACAGGUUAAAGGCAUACGUGCUCUAUGAUGGCUUGAGUUUGUUUACCAUGACUCCAAGUGGAGGCAUUUAGAACUGAGACUGGGCAGCUUUCCCACUAAUGGCCAAGACUAGAGAUCAGCUGGUCUGCUGAAGCCAUGGGGAGCUGCUGGAGCUGUCUGGAUAAAGACACAAUCUCAGAAAACCAUCCAACUAAAUUCAAGGUGACAAAUGUGGAUGAUGAUGGUAAUGAACUGGGCUCUGGGAUCAUGGAACUGACCAACUCUGAGUUAAUUUUGCACACCAGGAAACGAGAUGCUGUGAGAUGGCCUUACCUCUGUCUGCGCCGUUAUGGCUAUGAUUCCAACCUCUUCUCAUUUGAAAGUGGAAGAAGAUGCCAAACUGGGCAAGGCAUUUUUGCCUUCAAGUGUGCACGUGCCGAGGAGAUUUUUAACCUUCUCCAGGAGAUCAUGCAGUGUAACAGUAUUAACGUCGUCGAGGAGCCCAUGAUGAUAUCGAGAAACCCUCAUCCGACGGAACUUGAUUUACCAAGGACGCCGCAGACUCCGACCACCCCUGGUUUCACUGUGCCCGGAUUUCCAAACGGAUUCCCUUGUUACCCACCAAUGGGAGAUGGCUCCUCUCACCCUUCAACUCGACAUCCUUCCAUUGGAAGCGCACGUCUCUCAUCAGUGGGGGAAGAGUCCACCCACCCUCUCAUUGUAGGAGGUGAUGAUCAGAUUCACACAUACGUGAACACUUCCAAUGUUGAUGAGGAGCGGAAGAGGAGACCCUGUGUUCAUGGUCUGCCAGAAUCGCGGCCCUCUGUCUCUGACAUGAUGCAGAGCCACGCAAACCACUGCCCUGCAAUGGAAGACAGAUCUCCUCAAGUCCUGCUGCAGCCAGGUGAGGUCAAGUUUGUCUUGGGACCUACGCCGGUUCAGAAAAGAAUGAUGGAACUCGAAAGAAUGGACAGACAAAAAGAACAUGCUGAGUACAACUGUGGAAGCUUGAGUUUCCAAGACCGAGAUAUUGUCCUGGAUGGUGAUGACCAGAAUAUGGUGUGUGCCCCUAACAAGAUGACUUAUGAGAAUGUUAAUGGUUUACCUAUGUCCUCUGGUACAGGGCUUCGACGAGGUCGACUCAAGAUGGGCGGGGAUAUCCAGAACCUUAAUAACUGUGCUCAUAGGAAGACAGCCAUGCUGAACUAUGAAAAUCUGCCCUCUUUGCCUCCUGUGUGGGAGAGCCAGACACAAAGGCGAGAGGAAGAGGAUUGGAGUGACUCUGGGACUCCCCCGCAAAAUGGAUACCACAGUAACCUUGACCCGCUGCGGAACUAUGUCAACACGGAGAAUGUAAUAAUUCAGCCUGGUUUACACAAAGUAGACUUCACAAGGCGGCGAGAUUGCACUCCAAACGUCUUCAGCUUUGACUUUAAACGCCCGUGCCCCGAACAGAGGCAACUAAACUACAUCCAAGUGGAGCUGGAGGGUGCCAGUGACUCGGACAACCCCCAAACCCCCAAAAUGCCCAGCACUCCAGUUCCGCCGACUCCCACACGUAGGACUGAGUUUUACGCUGUUAUAGACAUUAAAAAGACAGCUGCUAUGUCCAGUUUGCAAAAAGCACUACCAAGAGAUGAUGGCACGUCACGCAAGACAAGGCACAACAGUACAGACCUGCCAUUCUCUUCAUUUGUUGGGACCCACUGCUAGCCAUAGUUGCCAUUAAAAAUGAAUUCAUUGAAAAUGUUCUACUUCUGAAGUGUCAAAUAUGGUACAUUAUCGUCUGCAUUUUCUUUAAAGAAAACUUUGCCUUUUUUUUAAAAAAGGAACAGUCUCUGUCCAAAGGUCAGAAAUACACAAAUAUUUUAGAAUGGCUUUAAAUUAUUACUACAUUCCUGCAGUGAUCCUCUGAGUUUAAGACUCUUGGUAAAAAGAAAAAGACAUUUUGAUGGGCUGCUACUUUAAGAAUAGGGCCAUGUGCUUUUAGUAAAUUUCAACGCUUUAUGAAGUCAUUUCAUUCGUUGAUGUGCAUCCUAUUUAAAACUGUUUGAAAUCGACCAUGUACAGGUUCUUGGAGACGUACUGUCUUUGAUCCGGGUUUCAGGAAUUAUGUUGAUGGUGUUUUGAAGAUGGUCAUUACUAUGCAUUCAUCAGCAUAAACUUGCCAUGCAUUCUGUGGCAAAUUAUAUGAGAAUCUCAGUCACUACUGUCAAUGAGGUUAAGGAUGUUUGGUACAAAUUUCAAAGGUAAUCUGCUCAAUGAAACACUUCCAAUUAUCAUUGCCAACAGGAAUGUUAGUGUUUGACUUUGAUCCUUUAUAGCUGUAUUAAUAAAAUUAGCACAGGUGCAAAUUAAAUGAGGUAUCCCUGAAGUAGCUAUUUCCAUGCCUGGUGGGGAAAGUCAACAGUAGAAUGCAAUGGAACAAUUAGCAAUCUGCUGGAGGAGCUCAGGUUGUCAGUCAGCAUCUGUUGAGGUGAGAAGAAGGGGAAGGAAUAGCUGUCUCAAGUCAAAACUUUGCAUAAGGACAAGAGACUGCAGAAGAUAGAAAUCCAGAGUAACACAAAAAAUGCUGGAGGAACUCAGCAGGUCAGGCAGCAUCUGUGGAAAGGAAUAAAGAGUUGACGUUUUGGCCUGAUGAAAAUCUCAACCCAAAAUGGUGACUCUUUAUUCCUUUACAUAGAUGCUGCCUGACCUCCUGAGUUCCUCUAGCAUUUUGUGUGUGUUACUUUGGUUAAGUAAUGGCAAUGAUUUAUUUGGGAGAGUGGCAUUUGUUUGAGAUGCAAACUGGAAUUUCUUAUCCAAGUACGAUAACAUGGUUCACAUUGAAGGGCGUGGGUUUGUAUUCUGUGUGAAGAACAGCCUUCACCUUGGACAUCUACAUGUGAGAACAGUGGCCAUUCUCCACAAUAUUAGAGCUUCCUGAGGUGGGAGGGAUGAAGCCGUUUCCCUGGACUCCUCCAUUUCAAGGACGGUUCAGUGCCUUUGCAGGGAUGGGAAGGGUGAUUGAAAGAGAAGAAAUGAAAACAAAAUGGCUGAAAAGAAUGGGGAGGUAAGUUAGGUUCAAAUGGGAACAUUAAAAGAGGUGGUAAAAGGCCAGUGGAUAUAGUGACGUGGGCAGUAAUAGCUUCAUAGUAAUUUCCUUUUUGAAAAUUGUGUAGAUAUAUCCAAGAAAAUUUCAGUUCUUUAAGUUAACAAUACAUCUGCUUAGAAAAUGGGAAAAGGUCCAACAAUAUCUAUUCUUUUGAUAACUCAUAGGGAACUGUGGAGUAAUUGUAUAUUGUACGUUGCAUCGAAAGAAUAUGCUUUCAUCAAGGUGGCCUUCUGCAAUUUAUAUUGAACAUCCUUAAUUUGCCUCUUUUUCUGUUCUUGGCAUCUUGACAUUUUCAGGGUUACAAAAUGUGCCAAACAAAGUGCCAACCCUCUCCAUGCAUGAAAUAGUGUUUAACAAAAUCCAGUCCGUCUGGUUCCUUGUUUACACUGAGACUUCUUUGCUCCUUCAGAUUAUAGGUACUUUAAUUGCUAAUUUAUGCGUUGUAUUUUAGCUGUAGUUAAGUAAAAAGGACCAGAGUUCAGUUUUAUCACCUUAUACUUUUACCAUUAAAUGUGACCAUUGAACAAGUGUUUGGCCAUAAGCCUUUUUCCCAAGUCUGUGGGAAUAACUACCGGCAGUUGAACAGAUUGCCUGACGUUCUGAGUUUGUUCAACUUUCCCAAUAUGCCUUUUAAAGCUGCAGUAUAUUUAUGUAUUUUGUAGAGAUUGAGUUGACGGCUGUGAACUGCUCAGACCAAAACAAAACCGAGGAUAGGAAAGGCACCACUAUACUAUCAUCUAUUAAAGAUCAUAGAAACAUACAACACAAAAAUAAGCCCUUUUGGCUCACGUCACCAUGCCAGCCAUGAUGCCUGUCUGCACUAAUCGCAUUUAACUAUUUUAAACUCGUAUCUCUCUUUGCCUUUCCUUUCUGAGUACCUGUCCAAGAUGAUAUAAAAAAAUGUAAUUAAGAUGUUUAAAACUGAAGUUUCAGUUUCGUGCUUUAAUGUCUCAACUUGUUAAACUCUUGCAUUCUUUUAUCCAAUUAAUAUAUUUGAAGCUUGUUUUAAAAUUCAUAAUCUUGUUUUGAAAUCCCUGUGAUAUUAACUGCUGUAUAAGGCAAAGUGUCAUUAAUUCACGUGACAUUCCUAGAUCUAAUUCCACUUAUUACUUGGGUACACAGGCUUUGCUCACAUUCCUUUAGAAGCCUAAUAAUAACUAAAUUAUGAUUACUACAGUGAGAGAUGAUCUGCAGUUUAGUUUGCAUUAGGUUUGGUGCUGUUGGUAGCUAGAAAAGGGUCCAUUUAAUAGGCAGAAAGUAUAAAAUAUUAAUAGCUAUCUCUGUACAGUUGACAUCUUUGCUUGUCGAUUGUGGCUUGAUAUUUAGAACAUACUGUAGAACAGUACAGCGCAAUACAGACUCUUUGACCCAUGAUGUUGUGACCUUUAAGAUCAAUCUAACCCUCCCCUUUCACAUAACCCUCCAUUGCUCUAUCAUUCUUGCGCUUAUGUAAGAGUUUUUCUUAAAUGUUCCUAAUGUAUCUGCCUCUACCACUACCCUGGUAGGGCGUUCCACCACCCCCACACUCCCUGUUUUAAAAAAAAACCUUGCAUCUGACAUCCCACCCCCCAUACUUCUUUCCAAUCUCCCUAAAAAGAUUCCAUCUCAUAUUAGCUAUAAGAUCAGCACUUUUAGAGGAAGUAAUGUGCCACAUCGCUGUAACACAAGGAGGUUGUAGAGAUUAAUAUAGAACCUUGGCAUUCCCCUGUUUUCCUUUUAAAUUUGCUUGGUAGUGUGAAUGUUUACUAAGACAACAAUCAUUUGACUGCAGGAUUUACAAAGUUAGAUGAGAAUCACAGUGUAUUUUGCUCACAGCUUCCCAGUUUUCACAAUUAAACUGAAUUGUACAGCAAGGAAAUGAACGGAAUUAAAGUAAAGAAAAUCAAAUUUGGCCUUUGCAGAGUUGGUUAGAUCUCCCAUAGAUUGCUGAGGUCAUGCAGAACAGACAUCGCUUUGAUUCAGAUCUUCGAACUCUGUGGCUGCCUGUAGCAGGAAUCGUUGAUAUAGGCAGGGAAGGAUAACACCUAUUUGUAUCCCUGGAUUUUAUUGUUUCCCAGAGAUUCUUGCUGGGCUGGAAUUAAUCUCCUGUGGAAGUCGUGAGGAAAGGAUGGCGGAUAUCUGUGAUAAUCAGAACCCGAAUCAAAAUCAGAUUUAUUAUCUCUGACAUAUGCUGUAAAAUUCUUUUUGCCACAGCAGUACAUUGCAAUGCAUAAAAUAUACUAUAAAUUACAAAAAAAAAUUAAGUAGUAUAAAAAGAGCAAAAAUAGCGGAAUGCAGUAAGAUUCUAUAUUAACCUCCAUUACCUUCUUGUGUUACAGCAAUGUGGCCCAUUACUUCCUGUAAAGGAGGUAGUGUUCAUGGGUUCAUUGUCCAUUCAGAAAUCUGAUGACAGAGGGGAAGAAGCUUGUCCUAAAAUAUUGAGUUUCUUCAAACUCCUGUACCUCCUUUUUAAUUGUAGUAGGGGUUCCUUAAUGAUGCCAUUUCCCUCUUCCCUAAAAUGAAGUCGAAAGUAAGAAGUAUUUGGAUUAAUCUGCCUGGUGACAAGUGGUGUUGGAGGAACAAAAUAUUUUUUAUGUCAUUCCUGAGAAACAACUUGAUAAAUGAUGGAAGCAAGCAAAGGAGCAUAAGGAGUAGACAGUGUUGAGCGUACUAUUCCACCAGGUGGCGCCAACGUAUAACACUUUAACAAUUCAGUUCCAUGCAAUUUGAAAUUUGGAAUCUUUGCUUACUAAUUGAUAGUUCAUUAAUGUUCUUUGUUUUUGCAUUUUUAACCCAUUACCUUAUCAGUGUUGAAACUAAUAAACCCAGAAAUUGGAACCAGAUGAUGAAUAUAUUGCAGCUUUGAAAAUGUGUUCAGUGUAUUUUGAAAGUUGCGAGCAUCCAACUUACCACUUCUGACAGUAAGUGCAGUUGGUAGCUUUCAGCUUCUCCUCCACUGAGCCAGUACACAUGGCCUUUGUUCACUCAGUCCUCACGCUAGGAUCAUCUACACCAUUCACCUCUGCUGCGAGGGAUUUUGUCUGCUUUUUCAAUUGCAGCAGUCUUGUGCACAACUUUUAACAUUGGGUUUGCCAGCUGAAUGGCUACACAGUAUUAACUACUAAAUAUACAGUAUAUAAUGUCUGUAGUCAUCAGAGUGUGGUUCAGCAGAGCUAAACAAUGUAACUUCUUUCCCACUUUGCCCUCUUUUGCACUUAGGGGUCAGAUAUCAUUAGAUCUAAUGUGAAGGCUUGAUAUUUGCUGUCAAGUCCUGAAUGUGGCUGAGCUGCAUUGAUUAGAUUCAGUAGCAGCCUUGUUUGGUCUGUCUUAAAUGAGGUUAAUGAGUGCCAAAUUAGAUUGACUUAUACUUUGGGCUGAACUCCCUCUGGAUUAAGAUUGGUCAGAAUUUCUUGAAGUUAUGUGCUUUAAGUGCUAGUAGGUGAAGAAGACCUUAUUCUCUUCAACGAGACCAUAUGACACAGGAGCAGAAUUAGGCCACUUGGUCCAUUGAGUCUGCUGCUGAUUUGUUAUUCCCAUAACCUUUGGCACCCUUACCAAUCAAGAACCUAUCAACCUCCACUUUAAACAUACCCAAUAACUUGGCCUCCACAGCCAUCUUUGGCAAUGAAUUCCACAGAUUCACCACCCCCUGGUAAUGAAAUUCCUCCUUAUCUCUGUUCUAAAGGGAUGUCCUUGUGUUUUGGAACUUUACCCCCGGUCCUAGACUCCCCCACUAUAGGAAACAUCCUCUCCACGUCCACUCUAUCUAGGCCUUUCAACAUUCGAUAGGUUUCAAUGAGAUUGCCCUUUCAUUCUUUUAAACUCUAGCAGGUACAGGUCCAGAGCCAUCAAACACUCCUCACAUGUUAACCGUUUCAUUCCUGGGACCCUCUCCAAUGCCAGCGCAUCUUUCCUUUUUGAUAAGGGGCUCACAAUAACUCGAAGAGCAAUCUGACCAAUGCCUUAAAGUCUCAGAUUCAAAUCCAAUUAGGACAAGAAGCCAUCUUUGAGCUCCAUUACAGCCAGAACUAGUUCUGACCCACUAAUAGAAAUAUAAAUUAAAAUAGUUUGAAACUGUGACUUGAACCCUGUCUCUUGUCCAGCUACAGUUCCUUCACAGCAACCCCAAGGCAAGGGCAGCUGUCUCUGAAGCUGCUGAGCAACCUUCAAGGUCACUUUAAAUCUGUGGAUCAAAGCCAAGUGUCCUUGAAUAUCUUGUUGACUUUGGCCAGAUCCUUAAGUGUAAUGUCAGCCUUAAAGCAAUGGCCACUAUCUUUUCCCAAAACAAACAGGGAGAUCUGGUUAAGGCAUUAUGCACAAGACAAAGUUUUAAAUUUAAAAGUUCUUUAUAGAAAUUCCUGUACAAAGACACUUUAACCCCUUUUUUUGGUAAAAAGUAUGGAGAACCUCUGAGACAGCUGAAGUUAUGUUUACAGAUUAAUGCUAAAAUUCUACUAGAGCACAAGUGCCUAAGUUGCCAUGUGAAUAGACUCGUAGCAGUACCUUUCUGUGGAGAGUGGUUUUGGUGUGGUGGGGAAGAUUAAAAGAUACUACCAUUGCCAACGUUUGGUUUAUUGCAAUUACUUUUGAAAUGCAAGGCUUUGCCUGACUCUGUCUAUAAUCUGUAAAGAAGACAAGCGAGUGCCUUAUCACUAUGCUAGCCAGAUGUUUAGACAGAAGCAAGAGUCUUAAAUGCUGUCACCUUUGGCCACACUUGCUGUACUGGCCAUAACAUUCACAAAUUUGUGUUCUUGGCCUCAAAAUAUGUAGUGUGUAAAAGUGGAAAGUGGUUUCAUUCUUCAGCACUGAUGACCAAUAUGCAGUGAACACCUGUGUUCUUCAAAAAUACUGGGAAUUCAAUGAAGAAUGUUUAAACCAGGUAUAGGUUGUAGGGACUGUGAAUGAUUUGCAAUGCCUUUGUUGACCCACUAGUGACAUUUUAUGCCUCUAGUCAAAAGCGCAUUUGCGCAGGCUUUGUUGUGUGGUUACUUUAAAAUUUCAGCAGGAGCGAUCUCUUCAGUAUUGUGUAAAGUUUCAUGAACGAAUUCUCUGAGCAGGUUCCAGACCAUGUGCAUCACUGUCUUAAGGUACUUCAUUCCUCUGCACGCGCUGAUCUGCUGCCAGUUUAGUAGAAGUUUCUUGUGUACUGCACGUAGUUCUGUAGAUGCCCUUGGAUGCAGCUGUAUAUAUCAGCUUCUGUGAGCUUUAGCAAGGCACGGAUGAAGGUAAUCACAGAAUUUCUUGAAUGUCGAUGGGACUCAAUGAAUCUGAAGAAAUGCAGAAACAUUUUUUAGCUGAAUUAAUUUCUAUUUAAAGAUGAGUAUUUUAAAAAUAAUGGAUUGUUUUUGUACUUGAUUGCUUUAUAAGCAGAAAGCUGAUGUUCUGCAGUGCUGAAGUAUGAUCAUGGUUUCUUUUCUGGGUUUGAGGGAAUAAAAUUUCCAACCUUCCAUGAAAGCUGCCAUUUAAAAUUUACGUUGUCACUGGUAGUGCAGGUACAUGUAUCAUGAUAAAAUUAUGGUUAAAAUAAUGUUAAAUUCUACAACCAAUUGUUUUUGCCAAAUCAACAAUUUACAGGAAUAUAAUUAGAUUUAAAAUCUGAACACUAAUUUCAAGUGAGUAGGUUUUAGUCCUCCUUUGUUUAAAAUCAUUGUCAUGAUUAUAGAGUUCAUAGAGCUAAAUAGCACGAAAACCAUAAGACAAAGGAGCCAUUCAGCCCAUUGAGUCUGCUCCGCCAGUCCAUCAUGGCUGAUUUAUUAUCCUUCUCAACCCCUUUUUCCUACCUUCUCCCUGUAACUUUUGAUGCCCUUACUAAUUUAGUACCUAUCAACCUUUGUUUUAAAUGUUCCCAGUGACUUGGCCUCCACAGCCAUCUGUGGCGAUGAAUUCCACAGAUUAACCACCUUUUUAUGGCUAAUGAAAUCCUUCCUCAUCUCUUGUUCUAAAGGAACAUCCUUGUAUUCUGAGACUGUGCCCUCUGGUCCUAGACUCCCCCACUAUGGGAAACAUCCUCUCCAUGUUCACUAUGACUAUGCCUUUUAAUAUUUGAUGGGUUUCAAUGAGUCCCCCCCACUCCUGUUCUUCUAAGCUUCAGUGAGUACAGGCUCAUAGUGAGUUCAGAGCUCCUCAUAUUAACUGGUUUAAAAUGUUAGGAUUUCAAAAUACUGUAUGUCUGGGUGAUCAGUUCAGGCAUUUGGAAUUUGACCAAAUGUCUCUUAGCAUCAGCUUAGGGCCACAGAGUCAUAGUCGUACAGCAUGGAAGCCAGCCCUUCAACCCAACUAGUCUUUGUUGACUAAGGUGCCCAUCUAAGGUAGUUCCAUUUGCCUUUAUUUGGUCUUUAGCCAUCUAAACCUUCCCAAUCUAUGUACCUGUGGAACAGUCUUUUAAAAGUUGCUGUUUACCUGUCUCAUCCACUUCCUCUGGCAGCUCAUUACACAUGUUUUUUGUUUUUUUUUAAAAAAGUUACCCCCUCCCCUCCUUCCCAGGGAAAUUUUCCUAUCUCAUCUUAAACCUGCUUCCUUUAGUUCUUCAUUCUCCAAACCAGGGAAAAGAGGUUUGAAACAUUUGCAUUUCCAAAUGGCAUAUCAGACCUAUGGUUCUCACAUUGGGCAUAUUUGCAAGCAGUAGUCAAAAAAAGGUAUUACCUUGUUAUCCCACUGAAUAGAAUAGUCCCCUGUGGCUAAUGACUUUGACUUAUUGUACAGUCUGGUGUCAUUUAAAACUGACUUGCAUUAAAUCCACAGACUGAAUUUCCAAUUCAUCUACAAAAUGCUUUUUACAUGGUUGGGAACUGUGUAAAUUCUGUGAUUAUCCUAUCAUCUAAACCCUGAUGUCCAUGAGUUGAUGAACUGUGCUGUUUUUAACCCUUUCCAAUCCAUGACGUUCAAACCCACUUUGUUCAUUCUGAUGGUACUGAUAAUCCAUAGCUGCUAGAUGAUAAAACUCAGCAGUUUAACUUGCAGCCACAAUUCAGUUUGCUUGUCUUGAUGUUUCUUGGUAGAUUUUGCACAUCUUUCAUCCAAAGUCCUGAUAUGUUCUGCACUACAACCAUUGUUAAAACUACUCAUACCUAAGUCAUUACUUUAUCUUUAAAAUAUUAUUCUCUCUGUUUAACAAAAGUCUCUAGUUUAAAUUGAGCUCAAAAAUCUUAUUAACCGAAAAAGUGCUGUUUGUACCCUUGUGGAUGAGGAAGGGUUAAAUGUAGUUUAGUUUUCUUUGGGCAAACUGUAGGUACGCUUAAGCAGAAUAAUUAUAUUGUAAUUUCAGUAAAAGUAAUUGUAGUCUGAUCCUGAGUAUUUAUGACUUUAAUGAAGUGACUACACUAAAAAAAAAUCCUCCUGAGGGAUGAGCAAUUAAGUUGGAUGUUUCUGUUUUAUGGAAAUCAGGUUAUGUUUAUAAUUGCAUUGUAUUAUACUGUUAGCACCAUUUCAUACUUUGUUUAUAUGCUGUAUGGAAAUGUAUGAAAUAUAACAAGUAAAUGUGUAAGAGCAAUGCUGUAUCAUACUUUAUUGGCCUUCAAACAUGGCAUAUAGAAUAAAGAAAUG